AUGUCCAAUCAGCAAGGCGCAAAGAUCACCGUCUACUGGCUCGAGAAGUCCCGCGCGCAGCGCAUCAUCUGGCUCCUUGAAGAGCUCAAACUCGAGUAUGACAUCCAAGUCUUCAAGCGCAACAAGGACGGUCGCGCGGGCCCCGAAUUGAAGAAAUUCCACCCUCUUGGACGUUCGCCCACGAUUGGAAUCACACCUGCUGGGUCCGAUAAACAGAUCAUCGUCACCGAGAGCGAGACGGUCUCCGACUACAUCUGCGACCACUUCGGCCCGCAGCUCAUCCCGCAGCGCUACCCAGCAGGCCAGGAAGGCCAACUCGGCGCCGAGACCGAGCAAUGGAUGCGCCACAAGUUCCUGAUGGACUACGCCGAAGGCUCCUUCAUCACGCCCCUGCUCGUCUCGCUCAUCACCUCCACCAUCCGCUCCGCCGCCGUGCCGUUCUUCCUGCGCCCCAUCACCAACGGCAUCGCAAACAAGGUCGACGCUUCCUACACUAACCCCGAGAUCACCAACCACCUCGACUUCCUCGAGGGGUACCUCAAGUCGAGUCCCAGCCAGGGCCAGUUCUUCUGCUCCGACAGCCUGACUAGCGCGGAUAUCAUGGUGCAUUUUGUGCUCGAGAGCGCUAUAAAGAAGAAGGCGCUGAACGAGACGUCGUACCCCACGCUGUACAAGUACGUGCGCAGACUGCAGGAGACGGACUCGUAUAAGCGUGCUGGACAGAGUGUGGAGAAGGCGAGCGGAGAGAAGUAUGUCCCGUUCUCUGAAUCUUGA